AUGGACUACUCCUACCUCAAUUCGUACGACUCGUGCGUGGCGGCCAUGGAGGCGUCCGCCUACGGCGACUUCGGCGCCUGCAGCCAGCCCGGCGGCUUCCAGUACAGUCCCCUGCGGCCCGCCUUCCCCGCGGCCGGGCCUCCCUGCCCCGCGCUCGGCUCCUCCAACUGCGCGCUUGGCGCUCUACGCGACCAUCAGCCUGCGCCCUACUCGGCAGUGCCCUACAAAUUCUUCCCGGAGCCGUCGGGCCUGCACGAGAAGCGCAAGCAGCGGCGCAUCCGCACCACGUUUACCAGCGCGCAGCUGAAGGAGCUGGAACGCGUCUUCGCCGAGACUCACUACCCCGACAUUUACACGCGCGAGGAGCUGGCGCUCAAGAUCGACCUUACCGAGGCUCGCGUGCAGGUGCGAGGUCUCACCCGCGCCUGCCGGCCCCGGGCUGACCGGCCCCUGUGCCCGCAGGUCUGGUUCCAGAACCGCCGGGCCAAGUUCCGCAAACAGGAGCGUGCGGCCAGCGCCAAGGGUGCGGCGGGCGCGGCGGGCGCCAAAAAGGGUGAGGCGCGCUGCUCGUCCGAGGACGACGACUCCAAGGAGUCCACGUGCAGCCCCACGCCCGACAGCACCGCGUCCCUGCCGCCGCCGCCGCCGCCGCCGCCGCCUGCGCCCGGCCUGGCCAGCCCGCGCCUGAGCCCCAGCCCGCUGCCCGCCGCCCUGGGCUCCGGGCCUGGAGCCGGGCCGGGGCCACAGCCGCUCAAGGGCCCGUUGUGGGCCGGCGUGGCGGGCGGUGGGGGCGGCGGACCGGGCGCGGGCGCGGCGGAGCUGCUUAAGGCUUGGCAGCCGGCGGAACCCGGGCCCGGGCCCUUCUCUGGGGUUCUGUCUUCCUUCCACCGGAAGCCCGGCCCUUCCCUGAAGACCAAUCUCUUCUAGCUGCCGGCCUCUAGAGGCUCCGGGCCUGCCGCCUGAGACGCCCCUGCCCCUCCAGGACCUGACAGAGUCCCUCCUCAUCCUGGCCGCCUGCCUGAUGUCCCCAUCUGUUCCACCCCCUCACCGUGUCUGACCCCUAUGUGUGCCCUCCCCAGCUUUGGAGACCAAGUCAGGGCCACUCUCGUCCUCACCCACCCCUACCCAGUGGAGGGGGGUACUUUUCACUGGGAUGCCCUCGGGGAGAGCCCAGGACCCCUUCUAGCCUGGUUUUCUUCAGAACUGGAAUCAAACAACGCCUGCCCCUAACACAGUGCUCAAAGGUGACUCCUCAAACGGGGACAGCCCGGCUUCCUCCCCUGCCCCUGCA